GCGCCAAACCGCGUCAACUCCCAGGUCGGAAGGUACGUACUGCGUCAAACCGCGUCAACUCCAGGUCGGAAGGUACGUACUGCGUCAAACCGCGUCAGAAGGUACGUACUGCAAUCGCAGGGAAACAAGAGAACGACUCCACGAACAAACAGCAACUAUGAGCCACUAGCCUCCCUUUCACCUGCAUGCACCGGGCAAAAGCAUUACUGAAUAGCCCAAAAAGUCGAUUGCAUGAUAUCUGCUCGACGACGCUUUUCGGCAUUCUCCACAGCAACCCCUCUCCUGCGUGCGAGUUGCUGGAAGGCGCCCCUCCACAGCCCGCAGCCCCGUCUGAUCCUCGUCCCGAAUUUGGAUGCAUACGUCUCAUACAGUCGAACAGCUGGUUACUCCAGCAUUGCCGACGCAAUGUUAGGGAGGGCUGUGCAGACUUUCCAGGCGCCGCCGCCGCGGAAGGAAGCAUUGGCGGCGGCAGAAACGGCUAGGGGAGCUCAGUCUCCCGGGUCGUCUCAGGGCGUGGAUGAUAUGUUGAAGAAUGGGACGAAGAAUAAUAACAGGAAGAGCAUUAGUGGGUGGGCGAGACCGGUGUCCCCGAGCUCGUCUGUGCUGUCGAGUGCCCCGUUGUCGGUGUUUUCGAGGAAGAACUCGGCUUCUGCGUUUUCGAGACCGACUACAGCGGGUACUGUCACAUCGACUGCUUAUGCGGAUACAUCGUCUGUGAAAAGGGGGGUUUCUGCGGGCCCAGGCAGACAAGGUUUUGUUGGGGCUAAGGUCGUAACACAAGCAGCAGUUAUUAUCAAUUCUAGCACAGACAUUGUCGACUUAACACAAGAAGCUCCAAGCAAAUCACACGCCCCACAACCUGUCGAAUUUGACUUCGACGAUUUUGACGACGACAGCGACUUGGAUCUAGAAGUGGAGUAUCCACUAGCAUUACCACCCUUGAGUGCGCCGCCUAGACAACUAUUGGCCUCAAUGUCCCCGAAUAAUACUAACUUCCCAGCGUCAAUGCCUCCACCGAAGUUGUCAGCAACUCCUCAACACCUCGCCAAUCCAAGUAGUGGUCCUAUACCUUGGUCCUCAUCUCCGCAAGCACAUAUGGGGCUGCCUCCAGGGGCCGGGGCGAAACGAUCGAGUUUCCAAGAGCCAGAACAACAGAUUACAAACCUGAUUUCAUCCGAACCGUCGAUUGAUGCGAACCCUCGACCGGCAAAGCGGAGGACAACGCCAUGGGCACAGCGGGCGGCGGAGGAGAAGGAGGCGCAACCACAACAGAGAGAACAGGCAGCUAGAUGUACCCAAUGCUUUAAGUGCCAGGGAUAUGGCCAUUAUUCUGGGAGUUGUACCAGAGAACACCCCAAAGACAACGCAAUUCAACAUGACGAAGAUAGCUUUACCCCACUGCCAAAAGAAAAAUCAUUACCCUGGAAUACCACUGCAAGCGCUAUCAGGGACAAACGUGGGGCUUUCAGAGAGCACCAGAAGACGCUGAAAAUGAAGAGGGAGCAUACAUCUAUAACGGAAAUGUUCAAGACCAAACCAAAAGCAUCGACCAAGGAGGAGAAGGGGGCUAAUAUAUUCCUCAGCUCUGAGCAGAGCAACGUCUUGGAACUCGUCACCCAACAGAAGAAGAGCGUAUUCUUCACGGGUUCUGCCGGAACGGGAAAGUCUGUGCUGAUGCGAGCCAUUAUUGCGGAGUUGCGCAAGGUAUAUAAGAAGGAGCCUGAUAGGGUUGCUGUCACUGCGUCUACUGGUUUGGCUGCUUGCAAUAUUGGCGGUGUUACAUUGCAUAGCUUCGGUGGGAUUGGGCUUGGGAAGGAAUCUGUGCCUGACUUGGUGAAGAAGAUUAUGAGGAACCAGAAGGCGAAGAACCGGUGGUUGAGGACCAAGGUUCUGGUCAUCGAUGAAGUUUCCAUGGUCGAUGGGGAGCUAUUUGAUAAGCUGGAGGGCAUUGCUAGGUUCAUCAGGAAGAACGGAAGGCCGUUUGGUGGAAUUCAACUGGUCGUCACGGGAGAUUUCUUCCAGUUGCCGCCGGUGCCGGAUUAUGGCAAGCAGGUUAAAUUUGCAUUCGAUGCAGAUAGCUGGUCGACCUCGAUCCAUCACACUAUUGGUUUGACGGAGGUUUUCAGACAACGCGACCCAGUAUUCGCCAAUAUGCUCAAUGAGAUGCGAUUGGGCAAGAUUAGCGAUGCGACCAUGAAGGCUUUCAGGAAGCUAGAUAGGCCUCUGGAGGCCUCUGGCCUUGAUGCAACCGAGUUAUUCCCAACCAGAAACGAAGUCGACAACUCCAACUUCAUGAAGAUGCGCCAACUCCAAGGCGCCGGCAAAAUCUACCUCUCCGAAGACAGCGGCAGCGUCCGCGACCCGCAACAACUCGAGCGCCUCCUCCAGAACUUCAUGGCCCCGAAGAAGCUCGAGCUCAAGAAGCACGCCCAGGUCAUGCUGAUCAAGAACAUGGACGAUAACCUCGUCAACGGCUCCAUCGGCAAGGUCAUCGGCUUCAUGAACGAGAAAACAUUUGAGGUCUACGAAGGCGUCGAUCUCGACCCCCUGGACAACAAUGCGGUCUCCGAAACAGAAGACCCGCACGACGCGACCCGCGAAGCGAAACGUCGCAUCCGCGGGAUGAUGAAUAAAGACCUCAUCGCCGACACCGGGAAGGAGUACCCCCUGGUCCGCUUCUUCGCCGCGGACGGCACAUCGCGCGACCUCCUCUGCCAGCCCGAGGACUGGAAAGUGGAACUCCCCAACGGCGAGAUCCAAGCGCAGCGGCGGCAGAUCCCGUUGAUCCUGGCGUGGGCGCUGUCGAUCCAUAAGGCGCAGGGACAGACGCUGGAGAGGGUCAAGGUCGAUCUGCGCAAGGUUUUCGAGAAUGGGCAGGCGUAUGUGGCGCUGAGUCGCGCGACGACGCAGGAGGGGCUUUGGGUGCAGAAUUUCAAUCCGAGGGCGGUGAUGGCGCAUAAGAGGGUGGGGGAGUUUUAUGAUAGUUUGUAUAGUGUUAAUAAGGCGAUGAGGCAUCCGAAGGUGCAGCCGGAGGGGGGGGGGCAUAAGAAGCAGGAGAAGGUUCAGGGUGCCGUGCAGAGGAUGGAGGAUAGGCAGAUGAUGGGGGAGUUGGAGAGUUGGGAGGAGGAUGAGGAGGCUAUGGUUGCUUAUGGGUGAUUUUUCUUGGGGGUGGGGGGACUGAUAUGUAGACAUAGACAGAUCUGUCGAGUUGGGGGCAUCGCUACUACGUAUAGACGCUGUGGGUGUAGGGAAUCAAUAGCUUGUAGCUUCACGUCACUCGUAGCAAAUUACAUCAAAGUAUGAAAUAAACC